AGCACACGCCGGCUGGAGGGGACGGCGAGCGGGCGGGAGGCGGCAGGCAGCGCCGCGCCGCGCCGAGCCGAGCGAAGGAGGGACGCGCCGGGCACGGCCGCCACCAGCCCUCCCCAAUCCUCCGUCAUCCUCUCCGCCGCGGCCGCCUGGCCCCCUGACAGCCGGCGGAGCAGCAUCCUCACACGGUCCCCUUCCCGUCAGGCACGACUGAACCAUGGAGCUUCGAGUGGGAAACAAAUACCGGCUGGGCAGAAAGAUUGGCAGUGGUUCGUUUGGAGACAUUUACCUAGGAGCCAAUAUUGCAACUGGUGAAGAGGUGGCCAUCAAACUGGAAUGUGUCAAAACCAAGCAUCCCCAGCUCCACAUUGAAAGCAAGUUCUACAAGAUGAUGCAGGGAGGAGUGGGUAUCCCCUCCAUUAAGUGGUGUGGAGCAGAGGGGGACUACAAUGUGAUGGUGAUGGAACUCUUGGGGCCCAGCCUGGAAGAUCUCUUCAACUUCUGUUCCCGCAAAUUUAGUCUCAAGACAGUUCUGCUCCUGGCAGACCAGAUGAUCAGCCGUAUUGAGUACAUUCAUUCCAAGAACUUCAUCCAUCGGGAUGUAAAGCCAGACAACUUCCUUAUGGGCCUUGGCAAAAAGGGCAACCUAGUAUACAUCAUUGAUUUUGGUUUGGCCAAGAAGUACCGAGACGCCCGGACCCACCAGCACAUCCCUUACCGGGAAAACAAGAAUCUGACUGGCACAGCCCGUUACGCCUCUAUCAACACCCACCUGGGAAUUGAGCAAAGUCGCCGUGAUGACCUGGAGAGCCUGGGUUAUGUGCUCAUGUAUUUCAACCUGGGCUCGCUGCCCUGGCAGGGCCUCAAGGCUGCCACCAAGCGCCAAAAGUACGAGAGGAUCAGCGAGAAAAAGAUGUCAACGCCCAUCGAGGUGCUCUGCAAAGGGUACCCUUCUGAGUUCUCGACAUACCUCAACUUCUGCCGUUCACUGAGGUUUGAUGAUAAACCUGACUACUCGUACCUGCGGCAACUCUUCCGCAACCUCUUCCACCGCCAAGGCUUCUCCUACGACUACGUCUUUGACUGGAACAUGCUUAAAUUUGGAGCAGCCCGGAACCCUGAGGAUAUGGAUCGGGAGCGGCGAGAGCACGAGCGAGAGGAGAGGAUGGGGCAACUCCGAGGGUCGGCCACACGAGCGCUGCCCCCUGGCCCGCCUGCUGGAGCCACUGCCAACCGUCUUCGUAAUGUCACCGAGCCCAUGGCCUCCACUCCCACCUCCCGAAUCCAGCAGUCCGGCAACACGUCCCCCAGAGCAAUCUCAAGAGUGGACAGGGAGCGGAAGGUCAGCAUGAGGUUACACCGAGGAGCUCCUGCCAACGUCUCCUCAUCUGACCUCACAGGGCGGCAAGAAGUGUCACGGAUUUCAGCAUCACAGACAAGUGUGCCAUUUGAUCACCUUGGGAAGUGAGGAGCAAUUGCCACUGGACCAGUGUUUGCUUAGAAUUUCUUUUUGCCAACGAUGAGGAGUCGAGCUGUGCCCCCGCACUGGUGUGAGCCGUUUCCAGAGGGCCACCUGUCCCCGGCGUGAGCGCCUCCGAGGAGCUGUCGACGCGGGAGCCGUGCGGGAACACCUCGCUGCCCCCCAGCCCCUACCGCUGCCCCCACUGGCUACCCUCAGUUCCCUCUCCUGGCUCUCUGCUCCUGGUUUUCAUUUCUCGCUCUCUUUUUUUUUUUUCUUCUUCUUGGAUAUCUUCUCCUGCAUUAUGGUUUUUUUUUUUUAAUAUUAUUUUCAAAUCAUAUGGUUUCUAGCCAUAUAAGUUUAAACUUUGCUCUCCUUUUUUUCUGAGGGCAGGGGUUGGUGGUGGGUGAGUGAGGUUUUUGUUUGGUCUUUUUUUUGUUUUGUUCUUUUCAGGAGCCUUGUGGGCCGGGAGGGAAUCAGAUUCCAGCCACACUUGAUGGUAGAAGUCUGAUUUUUAUUAUUAUAACAGAAUUUAUUUUCUCAAGCAUUAAACAAAUUUUAAGCUGUGAGGGGAAUUGUGGCAACAGCCUAAUCAUUGACUCGGGCUUCCUUUCCUUGGGUGGCUUCUCUGCCGUUUCUUUUUUGGCUGUUGGGAGAAGUACCAGCCUUCCCUGAUCCAAGCGGUCCUCACACGCCGAGGGAUCAUCUCUUUGGAGAGGCACCUGGUCCCAUGGAGGAUGGGAUUGUUGGAGCUGACAUACAGGGACAAAUAUACUUCUCAUCCCUGCAGCGGGGUCUUUUUUUCGUCUGGCUGUGCGUGUUUUUCUAUUUUUAUUUUUUAAUUAAAACUUGUUUUAAUUCCUGCGGAGAGAGUGUGGGACUUGAGGAGAAGAGAGGGGCGCACAGAAACUGGAGUUUGGAGUUCUUUCAGAGCGAUGGCUCUUGCUCUCUCCUUUCCUCAUGCAACCCCAAGUAAGAUCCACCAAUACAUGCACAAUCCCUUCCUGCCCUCUCCCACCCGUCUCCCCCCCCUUCCCCCCCCCACUUUAGUUGUUUUUAAAUAUAAUUUAGGAAUACUCAAGCUGCUUUGUGGCACUUGGGGCUUUGAAACACAAUGAUCACCACUGCGACCUAUGGCCUGUAGCAGACACACUGUCACUGUAGUGUGGAGCCGAUGGGUUGUUGGCAGGGCGGGGAGGGUGGGGUUAGUCUUUGUUUUGUUUGUUUUUACCCUUUCUAUUUAACACUUUAUUUUUCCUCCCUAUUUUUUUCCUAAUUUAUUUACCCCUCUUACUGUCUCUCUCUUUUUUUUAAUUAAAGAGCAAAACUUUUUAUUACUUUGUAAUUUAAAAAAACAAAAAAAAACCUGAAGAACUUUGGGGGGGAUUUUGUACUUUUUUCCUGUGUAAAUAUUGGACUUUUUUGAGCUUUAUCGUGGUUGUUAAUUUGAAGUAAUAAAGUAGAAAAUGAUAAAGUGA